GGCUAUAAAAGAGCUGCUUCCGGCGCCGGCGCCCGGCCUUGGUUUUCCUCCUCGGUGGCUCGCGCUGCUGCGGCCGAAAGACCCGCGAUGAGUCUCCCAGGUGCGUGUGUGGGGUUGCCAUGGGAACGGCAGAGGCCUACUGGGGAUGGGAGAGGCCGGGGGCGGGGUUGCCAUGGCAACGGGAGGCUGCUGUUGCUUUUUUGGGGGUGGGGGGUAAACAGGCGCCGUCGAGCCGCGGGGCCCCAGGAUUCAGCCCCGGCGCCUGUAUCCCACCCACCCACACUUCAGUCCCGGCCAAUUUCGCGAGGAGAGGAUUGCACCGCCGAGGGAGCGUGUCCCUGAGCAUGUGCAGAGUGCCUCCCCCUGCCCAGAUUCCUGGGGUUGAAGGAAGCGCCCCUUCCUAGUCCGAUUUCCGCCCCGGCGCCUGUAGGCUCCGCACCCCUUCUCCCUGCUUUAGUCGAUCUCUGGUUUUUAUUAAUAAUCUGAUUUUUAUUAUUGAGAAUGGGUGGCUUGUUUGUUUGUUUGUUGAACGGUGGGCAGCCUCGACAACUUAAGUAGAAAAGCCUGGGUAUAAAUGUCAGAGAAAUAAAGGAAGCAACCGAUCCUGCAGGCUAUACAUGCAAAGUAGUUGCCUGAUGAAAGAAGGCUGAAUUUAGCACCUCAUUAAAAGAGCCCUUAGACUUAACAAGGCACCCGGCAGCCAUAGGCAGGCAGGAACUGUGGGAAGGACAGUGUGUGGUUUGCAUGCUACUUGUGAAUAAUAAUAAUAAUUAGUAGUAGUAGUUUAUUUCCUCCAAAACCUUGAGCAACUGGAGGCGGCUUGCAAGAAUUACAAAUGAAGAUAAAACACAGAUCACUAAAAACAUAUGAAAGAUAAUAGUUAAGAAGUAAUUAAGAUGAUAAUGGAAUCAAAACGAUGUAAAAACAAAUCUGUCAAAAGGCCAGUAGCAAAAACAGCAGAGCACUAUUAAAAGCCCUUUCCUUAAAAGCAGUUAGUUCCCAAAAGCCUGUCGGAAUAAAACGGUACCUUCUGUGGUCUUGCUUAGAAAGCUGGUUUAUGAGGGAGCCAGGCCGCUCCGUAAUUUGGGCACUGCAGUGGAAUAAGUCCUGGGUUCAUACCCACCAGCCAACCCAAACAGAGUCAAGGUGAUUCAUCAAUAAAGGAUAUAGGUUCAGAUCUGCAACCAGCCAGAUGCUCACUUAGGUGAUCUUGGUUCCAGCAGCUAUCUCUCUGUCUUCCUCCUUUUUAUUCUCACAACAACCUUGCAAGGUAGUUUAGCCCGAGAGAUAGCUACUGGAACCAAGAUCACCUAGUGAGCAUCUGGCUGGCUGCAGAUCUGAACCUGUAUCCUUUAUUGAUGAAUCACCUUGACUCUGUUUUUCUUACGCCACUUGCAUUUUAGGGACUGUAUUCUUAGAUACAGGCUGUAGCUUAGUGGUAGGGCCCCUGCUUUGCACACAGAAGGUCUGGGGUUCAAAUCCACUUAGGGCUGGGAAAGACAGUUCUGAAAUCCUUUAGAGACAAGUACUGAGCUAGAUAGACAAUGGCCUGAUUCAGGGUAAGGCAGCUUCCUACGUUCCAGUGACAAGAGAUAAAUGAAAUUAAAAGGUAGGUGUCAGUCCCCUUGCCUUUGGGAAACAACAGUUCUUUUUAAAGUUUUAUCUACUUUUUGUCAAACGUCUUUAUGUCAAGAUAAGCAUGCAUUGAAAUUCAGCCAGCCUGGCACAUGGCAAUUAGCUGUGCUUGGGUGAGGCACUAUUAGGAAACGUGUCUUUGGCACGAAGCAAGGCCUUGUGAUUACAGGAGUGGAUCUGGAACAGUUUCACACCCUUACAAAGGUGGAGGGCAGCAUUGCCUAAUAAUAUAGAUACUGAAGGCAGAAAUAUUUGCAUAGUAUUAGAAUACAUUUCACAAAAACUUGUUUUUGCUGUGGUCUACUUUGCAUAGGAGCCUGCACACCUGCAGAUUCCCAGCUUUUAUUUUAAAAAGAAAGAGUAAGUUUCUAGCAUUUGUAGAACCAGAGGGAUAAGCAAAAUGUACAGAUGCUGGUCUCGUCUUUGGUGGGAAUCUAGCCUGCUCCCCUCCCCCUCGUCGUUUUUAGUGCUUUACUUUGCCCCCACCCCCAGGCCUGGGGGGGGGGGAUCCUGCAGACACCCAUGAACAGGAAUAUUUGCCUAUUCCAUUUUCAGACCACAUGUAACACUGAAAUCUCCAUCUAUCCCCUGUUAUUACUAUAAGACAAAGCAGGAAGUUUGAAGGGAGGGGGAAACUGGAAAGGGAAUAAUUGCAGUGAGGCAAAUGUGUAACCUCAGGAUCUGUUUUAAGAUUGCUUUAUUUCAUUAUUUAAAUUAUUAUCAUCAUUAUAAUCUACUCUAGUUUUUGGUUUAAAAACACACAAGAGAGCUAGCGAAAAGUUAAUCUGGUUACUUAUAAUUGUUUAAAAGUUUUACUGAUUUUUAUCUGCAGCUUUUAUUAUGAUGGUUUUGUGUAUAUUUGUUUUCAGGUUAGUUUCUUUGUUUUCUUUGUGUUUCAUCUACUGUUUUAUUGGAGACUGCUCUUUGGUUAAAUGGCUUACAAAUCUUCUAAGUAAAUAAGCACAAUAAAAAUAGGCAAACGAUACAUAUAGCAAUCAUAAAAUGAAAAACCGAAGCAAUUAAAAACAACAGCUGAACACACUAACAUAAUAUAUUAAAAGCCUGAUUGAUUUUUAAAAGAAAUUCAACAAGUUGAGUAAUAAGAGUGUCUCUGAGAAGAGACAGAGGACAUUCCCUGCCAUGCCAUGAGUGGCAUCAGCAUCAACCACGUCUGCAGACACCUGUGAUGAGCUUCUAGCAUCCUUCCUGAACACAUCCUUGUUCUGUUUUCUCCAUGUGUGCCCUCUGUUGCUGACUUUCAGAAUCAACUGUCCUGAAUCGACUGUCCUGUUUUGUCUUAGCAGGGUUGAGCCUGAAAAAAUCUUCAGCUUUCGCCCAAGCCCUGAAAGCUGAACCCCGGUACUUGUUGGCCCAGAAUGUGGCCACAUGCGCAGACCCCCUGGAGGUGUGCCUGGAGCGGGCCGUGGUGCAGGACACGCUGCAAGUCUUCCAGCACAUGGUACCUGCUGAAGGCAAGCCCAUCACCAAUCAGAAGAACUCAGGUAAUGGCCACCUCCCUUGAGAUUGCACGUCCCAUUUUAAUGAUUUGCGAUGCCCAUCUCCGCUGUGCUCCUCUGACCCCCCAGGACGCUGCUGGAUCUUCUCCUGCCUGAACGUGAUGCGCCUCCCCUUCAUGAAGAAGUUCAACAUGGAGGAGUUCGAGUUCAGCCAGUCGUACCUCUUCUUCUGGGACAAGGUGCUUCUAAUUGUAUUUAACUGCCCUUCUGCUUCUUGCAUUUAUAUCCCACCUCCAAGGAAUUCAAGGUGGCACACAUGAUUUCCCACCAUCCACAUUUACCCCCUGUGAAGUAGGUUGGGCUGAGAGAUGGUGACUGGCCCAAGGCCACCCCCAGAAAGCAUGCCUGAGUGAGGAUUUGAACCCAGGUCCUUGACCAACACUUUUAAUCGCCAUGCCACGCUGACUCUCAGAGGUGCUUUCUUGAGGCUUUGUUUAGGUGCUAGGAUGGGGAACCUGUGGCUAUUUGGAUGUUAUGAGUCGAGAGACAUGGUGGAAAUUAGGGUCCAGACUCGUCUGGAGGGCUUCAGAUUCCCCUCUCCUGCUUUGUGGAAAACCCAGCAGACUGGUCGGCUUCUUUCUGUAAGCACGGGUGCCAUUCAGGCUUCUGCCUUGAACUGCCACCCUCAGAAACCUUUUUUUUGGGGGGGGACAGCACCCCAGGAGGGGGCAUUCUCUGUGGACUUCCAUCCCCACUGAAUGGUGUCCUCAUUGCACAGCUAUCAUUGCAUGCUGAAAACACACCUGACCCUUUGUAUUAUGUCUUAGUUCUUAUUGUUUUAUUAUCAUAACCUGCUCUGGGCCUUGAUGGCAGGUAAUCAAUUCCAUUACUAAAUAAAUAAUAACCAGGGGGCCACCACUAAGUGGGCCAUCCUAGCUGUAAAAAGGCCAGAAGGUUAAGGCGGGGUGGGUUAGCUUGAAGUCUACCAGGGCUCAACAGACCUGGUUUCUGACUGCAUUCUGACUGGCUUAUUUCCAGGUUGAACGCUGUUACUACUUCUUGCACGCAUAUGUGGAAACGGCUCAGAAGAAGGAGCCCGUGGAGGGGAGACUGGUGCAGUUCCUGCUCUCCAACCCCUGCAAUGACGGCGGGCAGUGGGACAUGCUCGUGAACCUCAUUGGUAAGAGAAGCUGAGGCCAAGGCACUUUGUAGUCCACCUAGGUUCCUGGGCAGAGGAUCCAGCAUCUUAAGGGGUGGGGGGGCCUGCUCAGCCAAGACCAGGAAAUCAGGAGUUGGGAUUACAGAAUUCUUCGGGUGGGGCUGGAAUCACUAAAGCUUAUGAAGGUCUUCUGAUGAGGUGGACAGUUGCAGUACAAGACGGAGUCAGAAACCUUUCUCUCUGAGAUCCCCACAGGAUCUUCAGUCUGGUACACUCUUAUGUAGUUUUAAAAAAUGUAUGCGUUGAGCUUAUGCAGCUAACCGAUGGUGGAGUCAGGCCAGGCUGCCCAGCAGGGUAUGUCCAAGCUCUCAGGCAAGUCCAGCAUAUAUUACCCUGAGCCCUUUAAUUGGUGAUGUUGAGGACUGGACCUGGAUGCACCACAGGUGAGAAGGCUCUCCUGGACUAAGGAUGUGGGAGGACAGAAGUAGCCUGGAAACAGUUUCAUUGUGUCAAGAUUUCACACAGCGUAAACUGAGUGCAGCAGGCAGAACAAUCUUUCCUUCGGCCCAUUGGUUCUGGUCAGUUACUAAAACUUGUUCCUUCCUAGAAAAAUAUGGCGUAGUCCCCAAGAAGGUUUUCCCUGAAUCACACACCACUGAGGCCUCCAGACGAAUGAAUGACAUUCUGAACCACAAGGUAACUAAAGUGUGUGUGUGCGCACAUGCGGGGGGGGGGGCAGAGAGAGUGUUACCGUCUCUAAAAUCAUUCGUCUUCUCACCAGUUUGGAAACUUAAACUCAGGCUUGUAAAUAAGCCCGUAAAAAUGAUCAAGCCCCAUGGAAAGGUUUAGUUGCCUGAAGGUAUCCUAUGUAGCACACUGAUGACCUGAAAAAAGGAUGCUAAGUGAAUCUUCCCUGUCUGGUGGCUUGCCAAGAAGAUCAGGUUUGCCACAGGCGAACAGAUGAGUCCCUGUAAAGCCUGUUAAAGCCCUUAAGAUCUGAGAUGGGCUUUUGGACACACCUGCCGCUCCACACACACAAUGAGUUGAUAUAGUUUUCACAACCUUCCUGUUCAGAUGCUGACACCUGGCAUUGCUUGCUAAGGUCCAAAUCCAUGGGAGCUGAAUCUUUUCUUUCCAACUGUUAAAAGGUAAAUUCUAGCCUGCUGCUCUCCAGAUGUUCUGGGCUUCAGCCAUCUCAGCCAUCUUCGCUGCUCCAGCAUCCUGAACUUUGAGCGUGUUGAUAGCGUGCCACAGAGAUUGCCAUUUAGAACUUGCUUUUCUUUUCUUCCAAACAGAUGCGAGAGUAUUGCCUCCGGCUGAGGAAUAUGGUAGAGACUGGAUGCAACAAGGACGAGCUCUCUGAAGCCGUGGACACCAUGAUAGAGGAGGUCAGCUGCUCUUGGUGCGGGGGCGAAUGCAAUGGCUAAGUGAAAAGAGAUUUUCUGUCCCUGCCCCCUCUUUCUCCCCCCCCCCCCCGGGCCCCAGUCAUGAUGCUUCUCAUUCUGCUGCAAUACUUUCCAAGCGCACCUUAGUCUUUAUUGUGUUUAUAUCUCACCUUUUCCUCCAGAGAGCUCAAGAUGGCAUACCUACUUCUCCUCUUCCCCAUUUGUGACAGGCCCUCGUCUCUCCCAGGUCCCAAUCCAGCACUCUAAACCCUACACCACACUUGCUCUCACACUCUCCUGUUCUGAUCCCAAGAUUCCCGCUGUAUAAAUUUUCCAUGGAUAAAAAAGAAAGAGCUGCUAGGAUGAGCUUGAACUGUCUCAUUGCACAUUUUGUAAAGAGCACAUUGUUCACAGGCCUCCCCAGGGGUGUUUCACGUUUUUGGUGGUGGCAGGCUUGUUGCACGUGGAGUUUGGGGUGGCACGUGUGCCCACGCCCUCCGAAGUCUUGGGAAACGAUCGCGCUUUGUAGAUCCUGCUGCCUCACUGUGUUCUUGGUGCGAGGCAAGCCAAGUCCCUUUUUUCUUAAAUCGGAAUAGAACUCUGCCUGGGAGGAAGUGUAACAUGGCUGCUUCUUGAUUAGGGCAAUUUCACUAAUCUUCUGUCGAAAGUAUAACUGAGCACAGCUUGGACCAGCCUUUGCAGCUCUGAAAGUGGCGCCUUAGCAGAGAGAUGCAGAGAUCCACUGUGAAUGCAUUUUGGUUGUGCUCUUUACAAUUUGGAGGGGCAGAUUGUCUACCCAGCUGCACUCUUUCUUCUCUCUCUCUUGCCAAAGCUGCCAAGAGGAAAGGUGUGUCAGGCUGUUUUAUUUUUACUUUUUUACAGGAGUGGCAUUGUCCUUCCCUGCAUUUCUGCAAAGCCCUUGGUGCCUCCCUAAGUGUCCAUCCAGGGUGCCUGCACUAGAGGGCAGCAGACAACAACGUAUAUCAUUUUUAUUUGCUGUUGUCCAAGGCACCGCAGCUCCAUGCUGGCUUCCCCGUCUCUUCUCCCAGAACUGCCUCCAUCAAACUGGUGGCCAUUCCACCUGACCAUUGUGUAACUUUUAUUAGGGAGCAGAAUGAAAGAGCCCAUAGAUUUCCUCUCCCCACCCUGUUCCUUUUUGCCUCCUGUGUCACGUUGCUUAGUUUCCACGCUGUUGUUCAAAAAGCUAUAAACCCGCUUGAUGCCUUCGGCGGAACAGCAGCUUAUAAGCAUAGCGAGCAAUUAAGCAAAAUGAGGGUUUGUGAGUCACAAGCAUCAGUUCCCUCUGGCCGAUUUGAAGGGAGGCGUCUGGGUUCCACCUUCCACUAAUCUGCUUUCCCUCCCCAGGUGUUCAGAAUAGUGACCAUCUGCCUGGGGAGCCCUCCGGACUCCUUCUGCUGGGAGUUCUACGACAAGGAGAAGGCCUACCACAAGAUCGGGCCAAUCUCGCCCCUGCAGUUCUACAAAGAGCACGUCAAGCCCAUCUUCGACAUGGAAAGCAAGGUUGGGCAAUGUGGUAAACACAAGGCAGCCUGUAGACAAUCAUUUGCCCCCUUUCUGUGAGAUCCUUUUUAGAUUUUGGAAAUGGAUAAGACACACCCCUGCCCCACACGGUCUCCUGUUGCUCCCUUCUACUCAUUUAAUACCACGACCCCUCUUUGGCCUGUUCGAAAGUUGUGGCAUGGCUACAAUCAUAGAAUUGUAGAGUUGGAAGGGACACCCCAAAGGUCAUCUAGCCCAACCCCUGCAAACCUGGAAUCUCAACUGAAAGAACCCCUGACAGAUGGUCCCCCAACCUCCCUUGAAAAACCACAAAUGCUGGGAAGUCCACCACCUUCCAAGGUAGUCGGUUGCAUUGCUGAACAGCUCUUACUGUCAGAAAGUUCUUUUUAAUGUUUCGUUGGAAAUCCUUACAAAAAGGCCCACCAGAUUUCCAACCCCAAAUCUCUUUUGGGGGGCCAAGCAUUGAUUGGUCAGAUGGUGAUAAAAUUGUGACCCAGAACAUAAAAAACGAGAUGAGUCUAGCAAAGGAUAUUUGCUGUUGAGAAACGGCACCCCUCAUAUUAUUUCCAAACUUCCAUCUUGUUUGAAAUGGAACCUCCAGGUUCAGUGGCAGCCUACCUCUGAAUAACACCUGCUGGGGACAAACAAGAAAUGGCCAUCUCUGGCCAUGCUCUCGUUGCGAGCAUUUUAGUUGGCUGCUAUUGCUGCGUCCAGCAGAGCUGGGAGGAGUGACCUUGAAAUUAACUUCUUGCGCUAACUCAGCCCUUUGACUUGACAGGUUUGCCUGGUGAACGACCCUCGGCCCCAGAACCAAUACAACCAGCUUUACACGGUGGAGUACCUGAGUAACAUGGUGGGGGGCAGGAAGACUCUUUACAACAACCAGCCCAUCGAGCUCCUGAAGAAACUGGCAGCCGCUUCUAUUCGGGAUGGAGAGGUUUGGCCGGCCCCUGUCUUUGUUUUGCUCCUUAGCACAGUGUCUUCCUGCUCUUUGCUUCAACUGAAGGGUCCUCAUUGUCGCCUGCUCUCUCCUCAGGCCGUGUGGUUUGGUUGUGACGUUGGGAAGCACUUCAACAGCAAACUGGGCAUCAAUGACAUGAAUAUGUAAGUGCGUGUGGGGUGGGGGAAGAGGGCUGUGAUCCUGCACACAGUCCCCCUGGGGAUUGUGGGUGUGCACGUCAAGCUCAAACUUUGCUUUGCUUCCAUUUCUUUGUUCUUCCGCAAGCUCAGAGCCCCCUGGAAUUGCAGAUCUGCUGCACCUCGUGCUUAACUGCUCCUGUAUGUUGUUGUUUAGUUGUGUCUGACUCUUUGUGACCCCCUGGACCAGAGCACACCAGGCACUCCUGUCUUCCACUGCCUCCCGCAGCUUGGUCAAACUCAUGCUGGUAGCUUCGAGAACACUGUCCCACCAUCUCUCCCCCUGUCGUUCCCUUCUCCUUGUGCCCUCCAUCUUUCCCAACAUCAGGGUCUUUUCCAGGGGGUCUUCUCUUCUCACGAGGUGGCCAAAGUAUUGGAGUCUCAGCGUCAGGAUAUGUCCUUCCAGUGAGCACUCAGGGCUGAUUUCCUUAAGAAUGGAUAGGUUUGAUAUUCUUGCAGUCCAUGGGACUCUCAAGAGUCUCCUCCAGCACCAUAAUUCAAAAGCAUCCAUUCUUCGGCAAUCGGCCUUCUUUAUGGUCCAGCUCUCACUUCCAUAUAUCACUACUGGGAAAACCAGAGCUUUAACUAUACAGACCUUUGUUGGCAAGGUGAUGUCUCUUCUUUUUAAGAUGCUGUCUAGGUUUGUCAUUGCUUUUCUCCCAAGAAGCAGGCAUCUUUGAAUUUCGUGACUGCUGUCACCAUCUGCAGUGAUCAUGGAGACGACCUGAUAAAUGUGUUUACUCCGCAAUUUAGGAUUACUAGGGAAGGCACUUUCUCUGAACCCCACACUUAACGUGCAUUUCGUGUGCGCUGCUUUGUAGAUUUAACCACAAGCUGGUGUUUGGCGUGUCAGUCAAGAACAUGAACAAGGAUGAGCGGCUGAUCUUUGGGGAUUCGCUGAUGACCCACGCCAUGGUCAUUACUGCCUUCACUGAGAAGGUGGGUGUUGGGGCAGCAGGGUGGGUGGUGGAGUUCCUUCCCUUCCUUUCCACCCAUAUGGCAGUCAACCAGACAAUAAUUGCAUGCACAACCUGUUCAUGGAAUCCUCCUGGGGACGGUAUGUGCUUUUGAAAGAGGGACAGAGAACCGGUGGCCCUCAAAUGUUUUUGGGCUCUGUCAUCUGCCCCAGCCAGCCUGGUCGGGGGAUGAUGGGAACGACAGCCCAGCAACACUUAGACAGAGCUGUUCCACCAGGCCUUUCGUCAGGGCGCAGCCUGACUCCCUCCUUUGGCAAUCUUUACAGAACUUUAGUUUAUGGUUGCCAUCAAUUUUGAUUUUAAUUAAUUUUUAUAAUGUUUUUAGAAUGUUGCACUAUUUUAGUGUUGUUAGCCGCCCUGAGCCCGGCUUCGGCUGGGGAGGGCGGGAUAUAAAUAAAAUUUAUUAUUAUUAUUAUUAGAGGGCGACAAAGGUUCCCCAUCUCUGCUCUAAGAAGUUAUAUUCCAUACUUGUAGAGACGGAGGGAUGCUUCCACUGAGAGGAGGAUGCCCCUUAGAGAACAACAUGCAGAGAACAUCUGUGGCCUUCCAGAGACUCUUGGAUUCCCAACACCCACCUGCCUCAGCAGGAGCAUGGCCAGCGGUCUGGGGUGCUGGGAGCUGGUGGAGGGUCCCAUCCCUCUUCUAAAGCCCCUUGUUGACAAAGACCACCGUUCUUCUAUGAUGAAUCACAGAACGGUAGAGUUGAUAUCUGGAUGAUGCUGGUGGCGAUAGCACUGAGGCCACCAAUGCCCCCCCCCCCGCUCUUCCCCCAAGGGGCUCAAGAGGCCGCACAGGGGCUCCACAACCACAAUCCCAUGGCAGAUGCCUUGUUGUUGUUUUACAUUAUGCAUUUCAGGUGCACAGCCUUCCAAAGCUUUCUCAAUUUACCGCGUGUCUCCAGUUUCACAGAGAGAAAUAUACAAAGGUUAGCAACGAUGAAAGGUAGUAAAGACAGCGAUGGAAUUACUUUAAAAGCCAGACAGGCCCACCAGGCAAUCAGCCCAAUGAGAUCUGACCUUCCUCUCUCUCCUUAAUCCAAGAGGGAUGCUCAGUCCACUCUGCCCCGCUUGGUCCUUGCUAGCCAGAAAGGGCUUCUCUAUAAACAUUUGGAGGCUCCUCACCUCAGAAAUCCAGAACGUUAAAACAGAGGAGCAAGGCAAGAUUAAAAGCUGCAAUGCCCCUAGGCUGUUUUUGCCAACGGUUGGCAGAUUUAUAAUUCUCACUAAAAGCUUCUUUAGGCUAAAAGCAGGUAUUAAAACAUGGAGCUUUUUUUCCCUUUUUAAAAAAAAUACCUGUUGUGCAAACAGGUUUUAACUGCAACUCUGAUGUAAUUUUCUUUUCCCAUGAGGGACAUUUAAUCCUUGCCAGCGUUCAAAACUAAGCUAAAUGUGGCUUGAUUGAAUUUUAAGAGCUUGAAAGUAAUUCCAGUCAGGCCUUCAGAGGUUCUUGCCACCAUCUCUUCCAGCUGCCUUGUAUGGACCUGAGCACAGUUUGGACCCAAAGUCUUUAAAAGUACUGUAGCAUGAUUUAUUUUAUUUAUUACCACAUGUAUAUCCUCCUUCCAAGGACCUCAAGGUGGGUUACAGGGUCUUCCCACUCUCCAAUUUAUCAAAAUAUUGAUAAAAUCAGCAGCUUUAUAUAUACACUGUAUAAAAUAUCCACAAUAAAAGUACAUGUCUAGCUAGGCCUGCAAUAUUCCGCAUGCAAUAUUCUCCACACUGUAGAACUCCUUAUGUGAUCCAGAUACCAGGCUUUUAGCAUUUGGGGUUGUAAAGGCGUGGGUGAGGGACGCUUUCAGCAGUUUGUGAAAUGAAAGCGCAGGUGUCAGGUAAGGGAGGCAUUUUAUUUCUCUGCUAUAAAUCCACAAGCAAGUGUAAAUCGGCCUGGCCAGGGGAAGCUUUUCUGCUGGGCUCUUCCUCCUGUUGACCCCUGCAUUUCCCCCUCUUUCCAGCCAGAGCAAGAGGGCUGCUUCGAAAAAUGGCGCGUGGAGAACUCAUGGGGCGAAGACCGCGGGAAUAAAGGUAAUGUGUUGCUAAUGCAGACGCUGGCCUCCUUUCGUUUUGCAUCAGGGGUGUUGUCUGGAUUUUGGGGCAGGGGGUUGGACUAGAUGACUUCCAGAUGUCCCUUCCAGUACUAUGAUUCUCAACAGCGUGCGUAUUGGGAUAGCGAGCUUAAUUCUGGGCCAGUUUAGCACUCGAAGCCUAUGCAGUUUGCCCUGCCUCUCUGCCUUAGCAGAAUCCUGACAGGCUGGUGGUCAGUGAAUUCUUCCCUUUUGCCCUCCAUCACUUCAGGCCUCUCCAACCUGGGGUCUCUUCCCAACGCUGAAUUUUCCUGGGUUUGUGAUGAGGGCAAUGCAAGGAGGCUCCCGGACCUCCCUCCUUCCCUCUCUGUGUUCUGCACUCUCUGCCAGGAUCGCCAUUGGGCUGUGUGUGUCCCCCACCUCCUUUUAAUUACUCCGGGGUCAUAAGGCAGAGAUUAUAAAUUCCUGCAUGGGGUUUAUUGCAGAGAGAGAGAGAGAGCACAUGAGCACUGACUGGACUGCCGUUCCUUUAAGCUCCUGAUGUAAUCUUAUUUUGUGUAGAAAAGUUCAUUACCCUUCUUCAAACAGCCUCCAGUGGGGGAAACUUUUGCUGUUGGUUGUGCGAUUGGGAUGACAACAAGCAGCGUCUUUGUCUAGCAGAAUUGUAGCGCCACAUGUGUUCCGUUUCCCUCUUCACUUCCCCUGGGAGUUGGUGGAAGACAAGGGCCCACGAGCCUUUAUGCUAUCCAUGGCCAUUUCAAAGAGCCAAGGACUUUUCUGCGUGUCCCAGUGUCUCCCAUUGAGACUGGAGCUUCUGUUUGCAUAACAAGAGCUUUCGUGGAACAGCAGGCGCAGGACUAUCUCAAUGAUCCAGGCGCGCAGGUGGCCCUCACCCCCGCUUCCCAAAAAAGCCGCCUUGAGGUCAAGGCACAGCUAUUCUUAGCUCUUCGUUUACCCAUCUGUUUUAUGAGCGUGCUAAAACCCAGAGUUGCUCCAGCAGUUAAAAAAACACACACACACUCCUGCCAUCAGCCACAAGAGAUGAGUGCAAACCACUUUGAGCUUUCAAAGUUUAAAAAUAACCCGGCGAAAGCGAGACAGAUUACCGGCAUUCCUCAGAGUUUACCUUCUCCAGCCUCCUGGCAGGGCAGCCAGGAGGCGUGAGGUUGAUUCCUUGAGCUUCUUAGCCUCUUGCUGUUCUACGUGGAAGUCUCACUCCCACUCAGAGGCAAAGCCUGCUUUUAAUGAAUGGGGCUUUUUCCUCGAGGGCUCAGGACUUGCCCCUGAACAGACUUUGGGGGCCUCUCACUUUGGGGGCCAAGCAGAGCCCUCUCGCCACCUCUGCCCAAUCAGUCCCUUGCAAUGGCCAACCCUGGUUGCAGCUGCUCUUUUCCACUUACCAAGCAGGCAAAAUGCUUUAGAGCCUCUCUGCCCUGCAAGGUAGGCCUCUGUGGGGUGGGGUGGGGGGAGAAGAAUCAGGCUGAAGAAGAGAGCUGCUUGCCCCAGGCUCACCGCCUGAAGGCUGGCCAAGGUGACUGGCAAUGUUCCUUCUGUAAGGACGGUGCGGGUUGCUUGCAGAACGUGUCUUGGGCAUUGAUUCAAUACAUGUGUAUUGCGGGCACAGAAUUUGGCCAAGCCUGAGUCCUCUGUCUUAGUGAUCCUUACAACACAGGCCUAUAAAACAGGGCAGCAGCAGUUAGUGCUACAGUGGUACCUCGGGUUACAUACGCUUCAGGUUACAGACUCCGCUAACCUAGAAAUAUUACCUCGGGUUAAGAACUUUGCUUCAGGAUGAGAACAGAAAUCGUGCUCUGGCAGCGGGAGGCCCCAUUGGCUAAAGUGGUGCUUCAGGUUAAGAAAAGUUUCAGGUUAAGAACGGACCUCCGGAACGAAUUAAGUACGUAACCAGAGGUACUACUGUACUAACACUAUGUCUGCAUUGCAGCUGGGUGUGCUGAGGCUGAGAAGAGCAGUUGCUAGCUUAAGACACCACCUAACCAAAUCUGUCUUGCUUGGGGCGAGAUUGUCCGGAGGACUUCCUGGCUCUAAGGCUGGGGUCUGCAGUGCGAUGCCUGUGGGAACCCUCAGGUGUUGGUGCCAGCUUCGCCCCUCCCCUCCCAAUUCUACUUUAAAAUAGUGCUUUGGGCCUUCUAUGUUUGUGGGGAAUGCCUAUUUUUUGGCUAGUUUACCUGCUUUUUUUAAUACAUGUUUUAUUUGGGGGGCAUGUGUAGGAGGUGUUUGAGUAUUUCCAGUUUUUCUUCUGCGGAAGGGCUAUUUUGCAGAACCUGUGAAACAGUUUCUUAGGUUUCCAAAUGAGUUCUUAGCAUCCCACACCCAUGUUUUUGGGACUCCUCUUCUAGCUGCUUUCCCACGCCACAUCCUCCAGGGCAGACCUCUAGCUGCUGCUCCAAAGUCGUCAUUUGCAGAUAUGGCCCUCCGAGGGGGUUUGGGGGAUAGCUGGCCUCUUGAAAAAGCCUGGGCUUGUGUGGGAAGGCCAAGCAGCAUUCUGGCAGGCCCCUUGUUUAAGGAAGAGGUGAAGAAUGAGGAUGUUAGAUUUGGCACUCAGGCUUGGCUAGGCGUGGAGGCAUUAAAAUAACAAGCCCCAACGUCAGUCCUUGAAGAGGGUUGAUAGAGUAUUGCCUGAAACAACAGAGGCAAGAUUAGACUCAGGGGCUUAGCUGGAGGAUGAGUUAUGGAGGAAACGCUUAACCCUUUUGUACGGUGCUUUGGGUCCAGAUAGCCUGGUCUGGGUUUACCAGCUUAGCAUUGUGAUCCUGUUGUUGAAAGGCAAGGUCAGAUCUUAGACAGGGUUGGAGCAUCUGACCUGUUAAUUGCAGAGGCAAAGCCACUAGAGGAAACCUGAAAGGCCAAUCCUCGGUCACUCAGGAAUUUCCGAAAACUCUGGGUUUGUAAAGUGGUGUUUUUGGAAGCUCCUGGGUUUUGCUUCCAAACACAAAUACAAGAGACACCACGUGAGACCUCAUCUGUUCCUUGUAGGUUUUUGAUUUGUGGUGUUUCUUGAUGCAGAGGAAAGGCAGAAAAAUGUUCCGGGGAGGAAUUUGAUAUGGGAUGGCAGUUUGAGCUUGGUUUUCCUGUUUCCCUCCCCAAAGCACAUUUGACAUUGCAAGCACCACCCAGUCUGCUGGUACAAAGCAAGGAAAGGGGCCUGUAUUUAAUUGUUCAACCAAAGGCCUCAUUAGCUGUGAAAAUUAAUGGGUCCUUAAUGUUCAGAAGCAGUCGACCUCCAUGCCCUCUUAGAUUUCAGUGUGGCAUAGAGGGCAGGGGUCCCCCAGGGCAGAUCACUGUACGUGGCACCUCUUAAGCUGAGCAUCUCUUAAUAGACCUUGUCCCGUCCUCCUCUUCUCCAGGUUACCUGAUCAUGACUGAUGACUGGUUCUCCGAGUACGUCUAUGAAGUGGUGGUGGACAGGAAGCAUGUGCCAGAGGACGUCUUAGCUGUGAUGCACCAGGAGCCAGUUGUCUUGCCUGCAUGGGACCCCAUGGGCGCUCUGGCUAAGUGAACUGGUGUGUGUGUGUUGAGGGGGCGCUCUGCUGCCUCCUUCUGGUCAACCUUGAAGCAAACAUGUGGGGGGGAUCUGGAGGGCCAGGAGCCAACGCCAAGUGGCCCCAUGAGCAAACUCCCACUUGAGGUGCCAGUCUUGAAGAGUGGUGCCCUGUGGAUCUUCAGAGGAAACAGUGCUUUUCUGUGGAUGGGGCUACUCUGCAACCUUUGCGUCGACAUGUGUGCUUUUCAUUGUAGUAUAAUCCUUUUCUUUUCUUUUUUUAAAAAACACCCUCUGAAAUUAUUUUAUUCAUAUACUCGUUUUAAAACUUCAGAAAUGAUUCUUUCACGCAAACCUUGUGUAGAAAAAGAUGGGGGGGGUGAGAUGAACGCUUGGGGUGAUUGCGUACCACAAAGGGCCACCAAGUGGAGAUUAAUUGCUUGUUGGUUGUGAUUUUGAGCUGCUUGGCUGCUUGCUUGUGGAGAGAGGCAUAUAACCCAUGGUGCACGAUGCUGGCCACUUCCUACAUGAUCUUCAUCUGCCUUGUCUUUUCCAACUGAGAUGUGGUCUGAAUUUAACAGCCUUCUCCCUGGAGCACCUGAAUCACAGCCCAGGGGAUUUCCCCCCAUAACCACCACUGAGGCUCAGCUGAACCAACGGAAAAAGUGGCUGCAAAGGCUACAUUCCAGAAUGCCCAGUUCCUGGGUAAAAUGGGAUUUUUAAAAAAUGGCUGCGUUUUUAUUUGAAUGCCAUCUACAACUACCUGGUGCUAUGGAGCGUUUGAAUAAAAACACUUUGCUGAAUGAGCUUCGGUGUCCUGUAUUGAUAUUAUUGAUGCAUAAAUUGCUGGCAAACUGCAAAACAUAUUGCCAACAAAUGAAUGAGGCAGUGGGGGGUGGGAGAAGACACUCCCCUCCCACCUCUCUGCCGGCAACAUUGGAGAGCUGCUGCCAGUCAGAGGAGACAAUAUGGAGCUACUAGCUCAGUUUAGCCAGCUAGAUGAACAAAUAGUCUUGACAUGGCAUAAGGCGUCUGCUUUGGGGUCCUUCUUUGCCAAGGGUUCUUUCCACACAUUGGAAACUUCUGAUUUGGCACAAGCCACACCUGCAGAUCAAGCCCCCACUGAUCCCCAGCUAGCUGCAGUCUGUCAGCAUGGUGUUGGGACUCCAGUCCCAUCAGCCUUGGCCAGCAUGACCCAAAGGGUCAAGGGUCAUGGGAGUUGUAGUCUCAGCAAUACCAGGUUGGCAAAUCCCCACACUAGUCUCUGGGAAUUAAGCCUGGUGCCAGAUCAGAGAGCUUUGAGAGGGCUGGGGGGAAUCUGCCAAACUAAAGCAAUGGGGAGAAAAACGUAGGGCGUAUCAGAAUGAACUUGGCGAGAGGAGAGAUGAAACUGAAUGGGUUCUUACUGAAAGCUGGUCACAGAGUUAAUCUCUAAUAAAACAGUUGAGUCCUUAACAUACGUUUAACAUCUUGAAAGUUAGGCGACACUAAGACAGGCUUAGGGUAUAAAGGAACUGAUUUUGCAUCCAUCCAGCUAUUGGUGUUAGAGGACAUUCAGCACAGAAAUGUGUGUAUACCUUUAAGAAGUUUCUGGAAUUAAUUGGCUGCAGGUGGCCGUUGCUAUAAAAGAAAAAAGCUGAGUUUUGUAGCCUGCCUGCAGGAAUAACGCCCACCAGAGUUUGUGUUUAUUGUUUUGCAAUAAAGUCUUCGUUUUAGUUUGGGUUUUUACACCUAUGUCUCCUGGAGUCACUCUGUCCUCUGCCACCGGCUGGAACAUCCCCCUCCAACAAUUGGGUCAAACUAAUUAAAAGCAAACACCCGUUUUGCACUGCAGUCUUGACCCUGAGCAAGAAUUCCUGCCAUUUCUAUUUUUAAAUGAUUGGUUUCUUUUAAAGUUGCAUGCUUUCAUGCAUUUAAUACAUCUAUCUACACUGGAGUAACAGACCUAUUUUAAUUGUUGCCUUUAAGUCUCUUAAGUCCCUUGGUUUCAAUGGGUCUACUAUGAGUACGAUUAACAUUGGACAUCACCCACUAUGUAGAACUGAACUUAGUCUUUUUGUUUUUUCUCAUUUUCAUAUCUUAACGGCUGAGCAAUUUCCGCGGAGGAAAUAUGCUGGGAAUCAGCAUUUUUAGACUGCAGCUUUCACCUUCCCCUUGCAUGAUAUGAAGCUCCAGGAAAAUUCCAGAGGACACAUGCAGUCUCAGACAUGCCUACUUUGGAUGGAAGGGAAGGGGGCAGCGAGGUUCAAAAAAUGUUAGCGAGACCAUUUGGAGGGACAGAGGCUCAAAUUUGAGCACACUUGCAAAGUCUAGGUAAGGGGCUUUUCUUCUCCAGGCUGCUUCCCAGAUCCACUUCGGUGAUGCCACCUUGGGGUAAACUUUCUUUAGCUCCAGCUUAAAGCCUAAUUAUUUUGGUUAAAUUAUACAUUGCACCCCCCAACUUAAAGCAUACAGCCCACUUUUUCCGCAGGGAAGACUGAUAAUGACUAAGUCUGCCACAUUUCUUUCCGAGUUUGCUCACUUCCACUUCCUUUUAUAAGCUCAUCAAAGUGAGUACUGAUUUAUUUAUUUUUUAGUGAAUUGAAUCAGCUUGCACGAGUGUGUCUAUGAAGAGUGAUCUUGUGAAGCAGGAGGGGGAGAACCUUGGCAAGCCCAGACUGCUUUUUUUUUUUUUGCAGAAUUGUUUUUUUUUUAAAAGGGUGUUUAGUUUGUGUAAGAAGCUGCCUUGAUACAGUCUCAGGCCAUUGGUCGAUCUAGCUCAGCAGUCUAAACCAGCUGUGGGGAACUUUUGGCCCUCCAGAUGUUGCUGAACUGCAACUUGGAAUA